GAAGAGUUGUACUGGUAAGGAAAAACAUAGCCACCGAGCCUGCAAUGGCGGAUGAUCUCUGUUUCUGCUGCAAAAGAAAGACUUAAUGGAAAAGCUGAACAUGUAAGUCCCAGGAAAAGAACAACUCGGCACGUCAGUAAAUAUUUCUGGUAAGCCGGUUAAGACACUUACAUGGACCGACCAUGCAGUCUAUACUAGCUAAGAAAGUCAGUUUUACGUAAGCUUGUGCAUACACCUAUUUCACUCACAGUUCGGGUUGCUUUGCGCAAUCAUGGUCAUUGAAACACAGAAUACAAUGCAAUGCUUUGCUUAAAAGUGACCACGAAACAAUGGCUUUCAAAGACCAAAGCACGAUUCCCAAAGCAACCUUUAUUGAAAUAGGUGUACUACACAGCAGAAGUGACUUACUUCUGCUGAACGUAGCUCACAACAAGCUGGUAGUAUAAAGGGUUCCUUAAAAUGAAGGGUGGACUAGAGUGGCCCUACAUUCUCUUUGUCCUUACUCUUUCCAAUUUCCAGCCUUAAAUGAGGGACGAUGCCACUUCUAUGUUACUUCAAUGUCUUUUCAUCCUUUAACUCUGAUGUUAUAGCUCUGGUUUGAUGCAAUAAUUUCAUUUUGAACAUCACAUGCAAUAUUCAGGAUAAUUUCAAGCCCAAUGAAAAAUCUCCUCUUAUACUCCUAGCUUGUCAUGUGUAAAAAAAUCCUUGAACCCAAUGGAAACUUACCUUGUUUUUUGUAAAGCUCACAGAUUUCCAGAUUGUUUUGUUUUAUUUACAAACAUUUGUAGGAAAAGAAGAAAUCAUGAAUAGUCAAGACCUAGUGAAGUUAUCAGCUGAUAAUGAAGAGCACAAGCAGCAUAAAAAACGAACCAAGAAAAUAAAGGCACAACUUAAAGAUCAGGUAAUCUACCUGUACUUAGUUGACUAUAAAACAAUGAACCUUAACCUUUGGUCACAAGCAGUACAAGAAAAAGGUUACCAUAUUUACCCGUGUAUAAUGCGCACCCGUAUAUAAUGCGCACCCUAUUUUUCAAGACACUUUCUAGAAAAAAAUUGUAAUUCCUAUUGUCAUUAAAGCCACAAACCGAAACAUUUUCAGCGCAAAAUACAACAAAAUAUUCUUCAGUAUAACAGUUUAUUACAAGUACCCGUAAACUUUAAGUUUACAGAAGAAAAGCUCGACUUUUUUUCUUACAAUCUUUGUUACAGUACAGCAAUGAUCCUAGUGGCCUAUUUACAAUAAUACCGAUAGCUUAAAAUCCUUCGGAAACAAAAGGUUCCGUGUAUAAUGCGCAGCGUAAUUUUUCAGCCUCAAAUGUCGUAAAAAAAGUGCGCAUUAUACACGGGUAAAUACGGUACUUCCCUACUCUUUUCGAACAGCAGGUUUGGGUUCUUUUAUGUCUCCUUCAAUUUGACCAAUGAAAGAAGGAUCAGGAGAUGUGUUCAACAGCUUAACGUCACUGCCCAACAAUGCUAUCAUUUGAACUGAGACAAGGUCGUAAAUGACAGCCAUGAUCUUAACUGGUUUUGAGACCCUGUUUAUUGAUCUGGCCUGAGUUUGAAUCUGGGUCCUUCACUGGCAGAUCAGGGGCUCUCCCAACUAAGCUAACUGGGCAGCGGUUGAGACAAUUUGAUGAGCAUUGUUCUUGUCAUCUUUUGAAUAGAUUGAGUUUUACUUUGGAGAUGCAAACCUCCUGAAAGAUCGUUUUAUGAAACAAGAAAUUAACAAGCACCCGGAAGGAUGUAAGUAUUCUUGAAAUCAAGGGUGGCGAUCAUAUAAAGUUUUUUGUUUUCUAAAUCAAUGACUGACAACAAUAAUGUAAUAUAUUAUUCAAUUUCUUCCUCAGAUGUUGCCAUUUCAACUAUUGCUAACUUCAACAGAAUGAAAAAGAUAACUGAUGAUAUGAACCUUGUUAUUAAGGCCAUGAAAAUGUCUCCAAUACUUGAGGUAUGUUGUCCAUAAGUCCACUUUUUAAAAUGCAAGGUCUUGCUGGUAAGAUGUUGAAAGUUCAAGAUCUUGCCAGCACAGCUGUGUGUUAUGACAACAGACUUUUUAUAUUUUCAGGUCAGUGAAGAUGAGACAAUGGUGAGACGAAAAGCUCCUGUCCCAGAGCCAAGAAAUGUUGAUGCAGAAACAAUUUAUGUUGUACGUAUAUCAGUUUGUUAAACUUAAUCGUCUCUUGGGGAAUGAAUAGGCUGUAGUGAGUAAUAAGUCCACACGUAAGAAUUUCAUCUUAAAACUUCAGAAUGUUUGAAUCCCAAGCAAAACUCUAAUGCAUUAGAAAACCCAAUAGGUGGUUUUCACGUUACAUCAUCGCUGCCAUGCUGGUGGACAGUAAACAAAAGAUCGCUCAUUAGCUUGCUUUGUUUGUCCACCAGCAUUUGUUCAUUUCACCAUUGUUAUUUGUGUUUCCCGAGGAUGCAUGAAAACCACCUAUAUGAUUUGUUUUACCUGUGAUAAAGCUCUUUUACUGGUAGGUAUACAGUCCCCUGGGUCAGGAAUCAGCCUCUUAGGAAAACAUCUCAUCCCAUAAGACUUAUCGAAAUGAUAGGUCACUGUCUUGUGCACUAGUUUUCUCAUUUUAUUGUGUGAUACAUGUUAUGGAAAAUUCUUUUCAUUUGUUUUACAUGGUAAGCUGACGAUUGUUUAUACUUUAAAUGGAUGUGAUCUUGUAGGAAAGACUUCCCCCUUAUGCUGAUCAUGACUGGGUUAAGGAAAUUUUUAGCAAGUAUGGAAAGGUUGUUUAUGUCAGGUAAGUCCUACACUUUAAGACUCCUAACCUCUAAUUAUCUGCAUCUACAAGCAAAACUUUCAUUUGGUACUGGUUGUUUAUGUUGUACAAGGUGGCUAUAAUUUGUAAGUUCAUGUUCAUGGAUGAAACGUCAUAGAGUAAUGAUUCAAAUGAAAGCUGCCAACUAGUACUUUCCUGUAGUCCGGUUAUUUUGCUGUACAAGGUUGUUAUAGUUUUUGAGUCUGUGGAUGAAACCUCACAGUGCGACAAUUCAAAUGAAAGCUACCAAGUAGUGCUUUGUUAUGGUACUGUCUUAUCUAUCAUGCUGUACAAACCGGUUCUAACUUUUGAAUCUGUGAAGCAAAACCUCUUCAGCAGUACCUUCAAGUGGUGCUAUUUUUUUUUCCAAUAUUUUUCAAGAGAUUUGUUUUUCCCUUUUAUUACGACUUUGGAUACCUAAAGAAGUAAGCAUAUUUAUUUUUCUAAUACAGCAUCCCAAGGUUCAAACACACUGGAGACAUAAAGGGAUUUGCUUUUGUGGAGUUUGAAUCUGCAUUGCAAGCUCAAGAAGCACUGCAGGUAUUUGUUAUUUAUCAUUUUUCUCCACAUUCAAGCAGCUUCUCUCAAACACCCCUGCAGGGGUAUUUAUAUUAAUGAAAGGUAAGGGCCCAUUUACUAUUAAACUCAGAAACCCACAAACAGGUUGAGACACAUGAGCAAGUCUGAGAACCACAACCUACUUACCAUUAUUACUGGUGGUUAGUUUUCUCACGUAUGAUUAACUUUUUCCUUGCAACACAAUUAAACACCUGAUGCAUUUCUAGCCAAGAGUUUGCGGCUUUCUGAAUUUCACAGUAAUUGGAUCCAACAUGUAAGGUAGAAACCUUGUCCGAUUCCAGGCAGCAAGAAAAGUACACUCGGCUCUCUCUUGCAUCAAAGUUUAAACUAACUCCCUCCCCACGGUCUUGGGGGAGAAGGGAGAAGGUUUAGAGAAGACAGUUUUAAAGCGGUAAAACAUCAUUGAUUCCUGACAGGUUGCUUUAUACUUAUAAAAACACUUGUACUCUUUUUGUUCACUUUUAAUUUCCAACUACUUUGUAGGUUUUCAAUAAAGGAGGUAAGACCAAGCAAGAUGCGGUUCCUGAAGAGAAAACUGAAAACUCACCCAGUGUAGUUCAGUCGAUUGAACAGCAGAAGGUGUCAAAAGGAAAGAGAAAGCGAUCACUUAGCGAAUCAGAACUAGACACACAACAAAAACACAAAGAAAGAAAAAGAAAACGAACAAUCAGUGAUUCGUCAGACACUGAGCAACAUGAUGACAUUCAACAAAAAACUGAAGACAUGAAAAAUAAAGACCAUGGAAAAGAACGUAAAGAAAACAGUCGGGGGAAAUCCACUGAUGAGGCAGGUGAAAACGAGAAGAGUAAAAAAAGUGUCAGGUGGGAAGAAGGUCAACAAGAAGAAAUUAGGGAUAAUAAAAAGGGUGAGGAAACAACAUCAGUUGUAAGCCGGAAAAGAUCGCAUGAGGAAUCCAUGAUUAACGAGGAUGAAGUUCAGCAGAAAAGACAGAAAAUAAGUGACAAGUCUGAAGAAAGCGGCGAGGAUGAAACUGCUGAGAGAAAUAAGAAACAGAAGAAGAGAAAAAGGAAGAAGAAGGAAAAGAGAGAAACAAGACUGCCGCACUUACGAGUGAUUUCCAAGUAAGUCAAGGGACUUAAUGUCUCCUAAUAAAUGUAGUAAUGGGUAUCACCUAAGCUGCUGACCAAUCAGAGCACGAGAGAUUUCACUGAAAUGACUAAUGACCAAUCAGAGCACGCUGCAUCACACUGUGACAUCACUUAAGUUCAUGACCUCAUUCCCAGGGUUCUCUCUCUUCCACCCGCGAAAGAGGAAGAGAUAGAACCCUGGGAGUGAGCUUGUAAAGUUCAAGGUUAGAUUUGUAGAGCAGAAGUGACAUCUACUAUUUUACUAAGUUUUAACUGUGCAUGGCAGAUGACCACUUUUUUUAGGAAGGUUUUAAUCUUCAGCUAGGGAGUAUAAAGUUACAGUAAGCCAUGUGUAACAAUCUUGAAUUUACAUUUAUUUGAUUUUACUAAAAUGCACAAGCAGAUGCUUUGUUUACUCUCACUAAGUUUUUUUAUGGUUUCUUUUCUUAAAGGUUAGAAUGGUUAGAACUGAAAAAGGAAUACAAGAACUUGCAAAGGGAAGCCAUGAAUAAAUUGAAGAAACAAUUGCAGGAAAAAUCCUCUGCUGAUGGAAACAAGACUGAAGAACAGAAAUAUGUCAAACCACCACAAAAUGGUACUACAAAAGGAAGAGAUAUCAAGUCCAAUGAGCCAAAACAGGCGGAUAUAAAUAAGCUUCCAUAUACACCAGGAGUUGUGUUAAAGUUCUAUUGUAAAGGAUCUGGUCUGACUAAGAGAGAAUUGAGGGUAUGCGGCUCAAUCUUUGUAUGUACAGUCUGUUCAAGAGAUUUUACAUUUUUUGCUUUUCAUUCUUGGUGACAUUGGAUUUAAGUAGCUUAACUGGAUUCUUUCGAUGAAAGCUUAACCGUUCUUCUGAAGUUUACGAAGUAUUACGUGUCUCUAUUUGUACAGAUUUUAGUGGGUAAAAUUGUCCUGGCAAAAUGUAACUUAGACUGACCUGGUCCAUAAUCAAGCAUGGCUGCUUAUUAGAAAGCGUUGUUAUCAUCUUCUCUUUUCUUUUCGCAGGACAAGUUUUCUUCGUAUUCCCCGGUGGCUUAUUUAGAUUUGGCAGAGGGUGACGAUGAGGUACAAACGAUAUUGUAUCUUCAUUCAACGCUACUGUAUAUUUGUAAUUGAUACAAAAUAAUAGCCAUUUUGUUUUAUAUCUUGUUUACAGGGUCAUGUUCGUUUUCACACAGCAGAAAACUGCAAUUCAGUUUUCACAGCGAUGUCAUCGACAAGCGAUAAACUAAAAGUUGAAAAACUUACAGGUAUCUUAAAAGUGUAAAUUCGUGCUUUUUUUUUCAUCAGUUUCACAGUAAGCAUGAACAAGCAUCAUAGCCUUCUUUCAGUGAAGCACCCAUUGCAGUAUCUAAGGGCUUGUGACCGCAUUGGCGGAUCCAGGGGGAGGGUCUGGUGGGUCUGACCCCCCCCCCCCUAUAAGACCUGACACUUGUUUGAGACAGGAUCGUAAAUCACGUUUUAAAUGGGUGAUUUUUAACUAAACCAUUAACACAAUUGAUGCACAAGGCUGCACAAGAUUUCUUAAGCUACGUUCAUAUUGUACCGGAUAGCUUUCCCGCCGGCGCGAAAAUCAUACCGAGUAGGGCUCCUGUUUACACAUAAGAACGGUGAUUUCUGUGACGGAGCGAAGCUGCGCUGCGCCGAUCUCUUAAGAGGAGAGUCACGUAUGGGAUUGGUAUUCAUACCAUAGCGGUUAGUUUUUGCGCCGGCGCGAAAAUCAUACCGGAUAGGGCUUCUGUUUACACAUAAGAGAGGUGAUUUUGCCGCGAUUUCUCUUACGGAGCGAUGCUGCGCUGCGCCGAUCUCUUAAGAGGAGAGUCACUGAUUGGAUAGGUCUUCACACUAUACCUGAUACCCGGGGGGGGUACUCCCCUAUAAGGGCUUAAUGUGGACGUGCGGCGAGCCAGGGUAUGUUUUUCGGGAUUUUUGUCUUAAACAGGGUUUCGAUUUAAUCAUUUUUUGUCUUAAUCACGGCAUCGAUUUUAUCAGUUUUUGUCUUAAACAGUGUAUUUUUUCUGGGACGAUAAACAGCCUUUGGGUAUGUUCUACGAACUAAACUACAGUAAAAUUUCUAUUUAUUAUUGUCUUACACAGGGUAUGGUUUCGGGUUAAAUGUCUUAAACAGGGUAUCAAAAAUCGGAAUUCUGUCUUAAACAGGGUAGGAAAAUCAGAGAUUUUUGUCUUAAACAGGGUCAGGGUAUUGGGGGGCCGGACCGCACCUCCCCACCCAAGGAUAUAUCGAGUACCCCCAUCUCCCGGUACCGGAUAGCUUUUGCGCCACCACGUGGCCUUACCGGAUAUGGCUUUUCGUGUCGGCAUUAACUGAAACUAUCCGGUCCAGUAUAGUGUGAAUACAGCUUAAGAAAUCUUGUGCGGCGUUGUGCAUCUUUAUACGAUGAUCUGUAAACAUCCUUGUAUUUAAUUUGCAGAGGAGGCUGAGAAGACGUAUUGGGAGAAAAUAAAUGCUGAUCGCAUGGUUAGAUUUAAUUCCAAGAGGCAGAAGAAACGCGGAACCGAAAAGGUAGGUACAGUGAUGUAGGUUAUUGUUCGCUUGCUUCUCUUAAUAUUUGCUUUCUAUUCCUUGAGUUUUUGAGUAUGAUUUUAGCUCUUAGUGAGACGUUUUACUUGUCGUUAACUGAUUUUUAGAAGAUGCAGCAAUAUUUUGGCGAGAAAAACCUGAAAAAGUACGACCUGACAUCAUCAAUGGCUGAGAAAGGCUCGCCAACCUUGAACUCGCGGCGUUUUGGCGUCUGGCAUGGAAAGAAAGGCGACACCGAGAAACUAUUUCUUUUACUUUUGCUCCCGGGGGGGGGCACUCCCAUACAUUACCUAUACGGGUAUGUGCCGCCCAACGGGGUCGUGAUUUUGAAGCUCCUGAUUUAGAACGGGGUAUCCAUUUCAGGGGCGUUUUCUAGAACGGGGUAUAAAAAAUUGUGGAUCACGGCUUUAUCUUCUGCUUAAAAUUGUUGCUGAUUAUGAAGAAGCAUUUAUUUGAUGUAUAAGUCGAACAAGGAAAGAAAUAUCUCUUAAAAUACAGGGCUUUUUCAAUUUACAAACUUUCUAGAACGGAGUAUAAGCAACUGGCCCAUUUCUAGAACGGGGUAUCAGUUUUAGGGCGAAUUCUAGAACGGGGUAUAAAAAAUUGGCUCAUUUCUAUAACGGGGUAUCAAUUUUAGGGGAAAUUUUUUUUAGAACGGGGUGCCAAUUUAGAGUCCCGGGCGGCACAUACCCACCCAAAAAUUAUCCAAGUGCCCCCCCCGGGCUUUUGCUCCCUUUUUUUCAGGUGGCAAGAAAAGCUGAAGCCCUUCAACUGCAGCGUCAAAGCCAUAUCCGUUUUGACGAAAGCGAAGACGAAGAACAUACAUGA